AUGGCAAUCUACACCGAUGCGGCCCCGGCUCUAGCUGGCAGCACGAUCAUGCUGACGAUAUUGGGUCUGUUGACGUUUGGCUUGCGAGUUUACUGCAGGUUGACUCGCAAGUCAUGGGGAAUGGAGGAUUGGAUCAUGACAGGAGCCUUGAUCCCAUUUGCUGUGUUAGUGGCAGGAUGUGUUGGAGGCGCAUUCAAUGGAAUUGGAAUUCACAACUCGACACUUGCGGAGCCUGGCAAUGAAAAGUACUCGUCUGAAGGAAAUAAGUAUUUCCUCAUCUUCGAAGUCGGCUACUGCGCUGCGAUCAUUCCCAUCAAGCUCAGCAUCAGUUGGAUGUUGAUUCGAGUCGCAGAAGGUCGCAAGAUGUACCUCUAUGUACAAUAUGUUGUUAUUGCCACAUUCGUGGUCAUGAACAUUAUCGCCUUGGUCUUCAUUCUGAUCAACUGCAUUCCCGUCGAAGCUGCCUGGAGUCAAGAAGCCCUCGACAAUGGAGGCAAAUGUCAGCCAAGCUAUGUCCUUGCCGACGUUUACUAUGCCUGUACUGCUGUGAACAUCCUCACUGAUUGGGUGACAGCUUUCUUGCCAGUUCCUCUCCUUUGGAACGUGCAGAUCAACCGCAACACCAAAAUAUCAAUCGUUGGUCUUAUGGGCCUGGGUAUCUUGUGUGUGAAUCUGAAUUUCCCUCCUUCGCUCGCCCCUCAGCUAACAUUUGUUACCCAUAGUGCCUCUCUUUCAGCCUGUGUCCGUCUGAAAUAUACCGUCGCACUCACCAACCAAACCGACUUCCUAUACGAGGUCUCCAACGUCGUCAUCUGGGGAUUUGCAGAGAACGGCCUCGGUAUGAUCGUUGGAAAUAUCGCAACUCUCCGACCUCUAUUCCGCAUCCUCCGCGAUCGCAAGACCUCCGAUUAUAAGAACUACCACCAGUCACCCGGACUCAGCUCUCACCGCACUGGAGGCGCAAUGUUCUCACGAAACUAUGAGCUCGCCGAGCACGGAAAGAACGUCACCACCACGUCUGCCAUCGAAAACAACCGACGGGGCAGUCUGAGUGAUGGCGAUAGCCAGAAGGAUAUUCUUGAUAACGGUCAAAGACCCGGACAGGCUGAUAUUGUCGUUAGUCGCCAGGUUAUUGUGGCUUAUGACGACUAG